UAGUUUUCUGAAUAUCAUAUUUGCCUUUUAUAACUUAUUUAGCUCCUGGCUAUAAGUCUUCCAAUGAGAAGUAGAUGGAGGGAUUCCUUACAUAAAGCUGUAAGGAAACUGAAUUUUUUUCUUGCUUUUAGAUUUUAUUUAUGUCGUGAAUUUAUAAAAUUCUGCUCUCAGGGUGAUAGUAUUCUGGCAGAUUCUGGUACUGAGCAGCUUGAAUUUAUUGCUCUUUCUCAAAGGACAGGAGACCCCAAGUAUCAACAGAAGGUUUGUGAGUUUCUGUUGUCCAAGCAACUUCCUUCUGGUGGCUGGGGAGAGAGUUACCUAUCUAGUGGUGAAGUGGUUUAUACAAAUAUUGAAGGCAACAGAUCUCAUGUAGUACAUAUGGCAUGAGCUAUGCUGUCUCUCAUUGUUGCUGGAGAGGUAAGCAUCAAGUUUGCUGCUUGAAAUGGUUUACUGGUGUAAUGAACUCUGCUGGUUUC